CCUGCGUCGACGCCACCUGGGCCGGGGGCGGCGGCGGGCUUCUUUCUUGGUGCAUGGUCUCGCCCGCGCGGCGGUGCUGCUCUGUGCCUGCGAUGGAGGGCGUGCGCUGGGCCUUUUCCUGCGGCACCUGGCUGCCGAGCCGCGCCGAGUGGCUGCUGGCGGUGCGGUCGAUCCAGCCCGAGGAGAAGGAGCGCAUCGGCCAGUUCGUCUUCGCCCGGGACGCCAAGGCAGCCAUGGCCGGCCGUCUGAUGAUGAGGAAAUUAGUUGCAGAGAAAUUGAAUAUCCCUUGGAAUAAUAUUCGUUUGCAGAGAACUGCCAAGGGAAAACCAGUUCUUGCAAAAGACUCCUUGAAUCCUUACCCCAACUUCAACUUUAACAUCUCUCAUCAAGGGGACUAUGCUGUGCUCGCUGCUGAACCUGAGCUGCAAGUUGGAAUUGAUGUAAUGAAGACUAGUUUUCCAGGUCGUGGUUCAAUUCCAGAAUUCUUUCAUAUUAUGAAAAGAAAGUUCACCAACAAAGAAUGGGAAACAAUCAGAAGCUUUAACGAUGAAUGGACUCAACUGGAUAUGUUUUACAGAAAUUGGGCCCUGAAAGAAAGCUUCAUAAAAGCCCUUGGUGUUGGACUAGGAUUUGAAUUACAACGGCUUGAAUUUGAUAUAUCCCCAUUAAAUCUGGAUAUAGGCCAAGUUUAUAAAGAAACACGCUUGUUCCUGGAUGGGGAAGAAGAAAAAGAAUGGGCAUUUGAGGAAAGCAAAAUUGAUGAGCACCAUUUUGUGGCAGUCGCUUUGAGGAAACCAGACGGAUCUAGACGUCAGGGUGUUCUAGCUCAAGAUGAUUCUAAACCAACUCAGAGGCAGUUUACUAUCCUCACUUUUAAUGAUUUAAUAUCAUCGGCUGUUCCUAUGACCCCUGAAGACCCUUCAUUUUGGGACUGUUUUUGCUUCACAGAAGAAAUUCCAAUACGAAAUGGUACAAAAUCAUGAUAUGAUUCCCCGAGUAACAAAGGAAAAUGAAAACUGUUUGUAAUCUUCUCUAUUCACUAAAACAAUAAAUGUCUGAUAGUAUCAAAUUUUACUUCAAAAACCCAUUUUUAAAAAAAAAAAACACUUUUCCUAUUAAAAACACCAGGCUGUCAGUUCAGGCAAAUUCCCUAGAACACACGUUUACCUUUUCCCCAAAUCGCACUGGGUUAACAGAGGGAGCAGAAACGGGAGCAGAAUCUUAGAGUGAUAGGUGCUCAGUGUAGAAAAAAAGUAGAAUAUCAAAUAUGCAAAAAGGGUACAUUUACAUUUUUAUGUUUCAGAGACCAUGAUUCCUAAAAUGUAAAGUUUCUUUCCAGACCUUUUUCUUGGCAAACGAAUCCAUAUUAAUCCACUUUCUUUUUUUAAUGGAAACAUACUGUUUUGUAAUUUUUUACUGUCUUAAUUCCACAUCUCCUGUUCAUCAGUCUGCGUCCAUGGCUUAACUGGUGCUGAAGUCCUGACCAGAGGUAACAAUGUCCAAAUAACCCUGGGGCAUUUAUCAUCCACCUCAGCACCCACCCCUCGGGUUAUCAGUUCUGCCUCUGGCUCCUCUCCGUGGAGAGAGCUGCUCCAGUAACUUGAGCCUCACAUCUUCGUAGGAUUGGGUCUAAAAGGCAGGAAAGGCCAUUUCUCCUCUCACAUCUCAUUUUCAUCCGUGAAUAGGACCUCCCAACAGACCCCACAACGUGUCCCCUCAGCUUCUCUUGACUCAGAUCAGACCCCUGAUGUUAGCGGCCUCUGUGGGGAGUAGACCCGUGGUAGGGAGCCCGGCGCUGGUGGGGACGUGGCAUCAAGGGCGCCCCGCCACCUGCCGUCACGGGGAAGAUCUGGUCCACAUCCUGUCCUGGAAGCUGUGACCGUGUGCGGCGUUUACUGUGAGCACCAGUGCAGUGAACGUCCUCAUAACCGCGUGCUGGGGAACAUGCUGCUUCUCCCCUUAAGAGCGUUUCCACGAGUGGUUCACGAGGCUAAAAUAGUUCCAGAGCUUGAGAAGAGAAGGCCGUGCAGUUUCCACUUCUAGCUAGUGUUACAUGUGUAACCACCUGUUCACCCCCAACCUACGUUCUUCCUGGUCACUGGACAUAUUCUCCUGUUUGUUUGUUUGUUUGUUUGUUUUCAUUUAAUCUUUGCCAAUGUAAGUGAAAAAUGGUGUCUUCGUUUUUAAUUUGUAGCUUUCAUUACAAAUGACAUUGAUCCAUCGGUGUUGUCAGUGGCUGUUACUGUUCCUUUCUCCUGAACCACUUGUUCAUCGUCUUUGCCUGUUUUAAUUCAGUAAAUUAGCACUUAAAGUGGGAGCAUAAUACAGAAGCUGCCAAGACCAUCCUGUCGGUGACAGAAUCUAUCACAUGGCUGUAGCGUGCAUGUCUUGGGGAGUUAAAGUCUUGUUAUUGUGAAAUAUCAAGAAAUGAAAGAAUUUCAUUGUUUCUGUUAGUGAAAUUAACAAUUGUGUAUGAAUUGCAUAAAAUUAGAUACUUUGCUUUGUAUAAAACACCAUUGGAAUGUUUUGUAAUUUUUUAUUUUAUUAAGCAUGUCCAAAUACUCCAAGCAGAGUAAAUACUGUUUUUUUUUUAAAGAUAAAGUAGCAUAUAAAAUAGGAAACCUUGUCCCUUCUUAGCAUGAAUGUAAUAGUGAUAUGAAAACCUGUCAUCUGUCAUGUCAUGAAAAUAAAGCAAUUAAUGUUAGUGAAUUUCUAUAAGCCAAGCACUGCGCUAGAUUUCAUGUUUUGUUUUUCUGUUUCUUAAAGUUACACACGGUUUACAGAAUCUAAAGGACCUACAGGCUCUUUUCUGAAUGAGAAAUACCACCCCUUGACCUUGUUCUUCCAUUUUCUACGCCCUGGAGCAACCUCUCUUUGUUAUCCAUUACCCUUUCUUUGAAUAACAUGCUUCUCUUUUACUUGA